GAUAGUCACAGACAUUCCAGGCACAACAGAUUCCUCCUUUGGAAGAGAGGUAGUGAACUAUGAAGCACCAAGGCCAAACAUAGGGAUCCACAGGUUUGUGUUUGUUCUCUUCAAGCAGAAACAAAGGCAGGCAGUGAAUACACCUCCUUCAAGGGAUCGAUUCAACACCCAAAAAUUUGCACAAGAGAAUGAUCUUGGCCUUCCUGUUGCUGCUGUCUUCUUCAAUGCUCAAAGGGAAACUGCUUCAAGGACUGCUCGUCCGACCACACCCCCAAAAAAAUAAAAAAAAAAAAAAAAACCUCCCACUAUUGUUCAAUCACUUUGCAACAAUUGGGAAGAACGAAAAACUACUGUAGUCGCCGAGUAUCGUGUGUUAGUCUAUGUGCUCUUUCCAGCAAAUGAAAAACUGUAAAAUAUGGGUUAUCUGUGUCUCUAAACUAUUUUAUGAGUCUGAUAUAUUAUGUGAUCGAAUAUUUUGUUA